AUGGAACCGAUGAACGUGAAGGGAUUGGAUAAUUAUGCAAAAGCUGUGGUUGGCCUUAAGAGAAAGCGAUCACACCAAGAUAUUGCAUGCCCAUCUUGUUCUGAUUCCUCACACGUGGUACAGCUUCCUGCCUGUUGCCAGCUUUCUAAUGAUUGUGGCAAUAAGACAAGAUCAGAUGGCUACGUGAAACAUACUCCAUCCAUAUUGAGAUAUUUUUCGAAUUUCAUGAAAAGUGGCUUUCCAAAACGCUUGCUGUAUUAUAAGGGUGGUGAAUGGAGAGAUUACCCUGUUGACAUAGUUGAUCUUGUCAAGCAAGAUUUCCAAGCAAAAAAAGCAAUUACUGAGCUGAAAUUUGAGGGUCAUCAAUUGCUUUUUGACUUUGUACAUAUGGUUCAAAUAAAUUCUGAAACGGGCGUACACCAAAGAAUUGCUUGGAUUGAUGAAAACGGUAACUACUUCUUUCCCGAGUCACUUUUGGAUGUCUGUGAAGCACACGAAUAUGGGAAUUCUGCCAGAGGUGAACAUGAGAUUCAAACCAGUGCAAACCCAAUUAGUACACGAGAAAUUAAGGUGGAAAUGGAGGAACCAGCAAGUCCAGCUCAAAGUUCAACCUCUGAAGACAAUGAUGAUGAAAUUUCUAAUGUUAAACGUUUCAGAAUUGACGACCCUUUGAACAUGGCUGCUGACAUCAGAGAGGCUGUCGGGGAAAAUGAGCUUUAUGCUCCCGCAUCUCAUCAAGAUCCUGCCCUUGAUUCCUUGCAUGCAUGCUUGACUAGCUUGGUUCCCGGGGGAAAGGUUUAUACUGUUGUGCAGGAUAUGUUGCUUCUCGGUCUGCGCCAGUUUCUUAAUCCAAACGAUAUUGUUGGAAUUUUCCAUAUUCCACCAACUAGUGAUUUUGGGCAAACUCGGUUGAAGCGUUUUCAGAAACAAGUUGACAUUACACAGAAUCACCGUGGAAAUGCGAAUGUCCGUUAUGGCUGGCUUGCUGCUUCAGGUGCAGCUGUAAAGAACAUCAUGUUGGAGGGGCCUGGGAGAGUAGAACUGCCUUUGUAUAGUACAAUGCAUGGCGUCGGUGUUUACCUCACACCAGCAAACCGCUCUAAUAUUAGGUGUGUUUUUUUUUAUAUUCAUUUUGAUUGUUACUGAUCCUUGUGCUACUGCUGUAUUUAUUAUCUCCACUAUUUUCUUUCUGUUUUACUUCCAGACAGGAGAUUUUUAAUUAAUAUUAACCUUUACAGUGCAAGCUUUUCUGAUGUCGACGAGAGUGGCAUUGUAUAUAUGGUGUUGUGCCGUGUUAUACUGGGAAAGCUGGAGUGUGUUCCUCCGCAUUCUAAACAGUUUCAGCCAAGUAGUGAAUCUUUUGAUAACGGUAUUGACAAUCUCCAAAAUCCCAAUUACUAUGUAAUAUGGAACAUGCAUGCGGAUAAGCACAUAUUUCCCGAAUAUGUUGUUAGUUUCCGAGUGCCUGCCAAAAUAAAAGGUGAUCCCUGUUAUUUCUAUUUAUUGCUUUCUUCAGCUCAUUUGUAACCGUUCUAGCAUCUCCACGGAGGCGACGUAGUUAUUUCUGAAUAUUGUUUCUGCAGAACGUUUGUAUAGUAUGGGUAACCCAUCUAAUGCUCCUAUAAUCGCAAAUACUUGCUUUUCUAGUAAGUCACAGAAGGAAAAUUUCUCUACUGCUGAUUCGGUACGUUAUUUCACAAUCUCCUUUCUUGUGUUGCAUAGAAAUAAUGUCUCUGAUUAAAAUAAUUUAUAUCCUUGCUGUUUUAUUAAAUGCCUCUUCAGGAUGUUGAUAUGUUAAUGUCGUAGCCAUUCGCUGUUUUUUUUUUUUCCGAUACCUGGGUUUAGAAUCAAAAGCACCCUUAUUAUUGCUAUUAUUUACUAGAUUUAUCCAUAGUCAGAGCCAUCUUUUGCUAUAUCUCAUUGAAAACAUGGAUUCUCUCACAUUGCCAGGUGGAUAAUGCUGACCCUCUCUCUUGCCAAACCCUGAAGCCUAAUGAGAAGGCGAGGUUAUUUAAUGAAGCUUCAAGGAUUCCGACCUCGCCCUGGAUGCCAUUCUCAAUGCUCUUCGCUGCAAUCUCGACCAAGAUAACCUCCCAAGACAUGGACCUUGUCAACGUCCAUUACGAUGAAUUCAAGGUUUCGUUUACUUUCCCUGCUGCAUCAUCCCCUUUUCGUUCUUCCAGUCUGGUGUGUUUGAUUCGUUGGCCUUCAUCUCUGCAGAGGAAGAAAAUAAGCAGGAUAGAUCUGAUCAAGAAGCUGAGGCAGAUCAUUGGAGACAAGCUCUUGCUAUCCACCAUCAUGCGUCUGCAGCACAAGGUCCGUUCUGUCCCAUGAUAUCUGGUUUCUGGGGGGGCAUUCUUCCAUCAUCUCCAUGUUUUAAAGUGGCAAAGCUUCUUUGUGGCAAGAUGAUCUCCUCUAAUUAUAUGAUUGAGUGCGAAUUUUCCUCUGGUUGUUGUGAUGAUCGUAGGCUUCCAAAAGUGGGAGUGGAGGGGAGAGCUGUUCUUGCGUCCUCCAUAAAUCUCCACUGUUUUGCUCUCUUUCAGGGCUCUCUCUCUCUCUCUCUCUCUCUCUCUCUCUCUCUCUCUCUCAACUCUCUAUAUUUAUACAUAAGUUAAUGAAAUCGUUUAUGCCAUUAUUAUGAUGCCAGAUAUAACUUGAUAAACGUCAAGGAUUAUCCUAGGAAAAUCAUCAGCGCCGGAGGGGGGUGGGGGUGAGCUGUUCUUGGGUUGGUUUUUGCCGUUAUUAUAUAUGAUUCCGAGGAAUUUCCAUCUUCUCUAUCAUCUCCCAUGGGAUUUGAUCCCACUUUCUAUGGAAAUCAUGCCAUUAUUGUUGGGGUAGGGAUUAUUAUAUGAAAGUCAUCAGUGGGGGUUUUAUUUUUUGACAUUUAAUUAUGGAGAAAUUCCUUCUUCUCAUCACUUGGUCCACCUGCCUGCUGCCGCUGCAGCUGCCUCCGAUGGCCCGGCGUGAGCCACCGAGGUCCCUGGUGCGGAGACCGUCGACGCAGAUCGCCAACUCGGCGUGUUCAUCGCCAUCAAAGAAGGCUGACGAACAGGCCUUCUAG